UCGGACUGAAUAAAAUUACUUUGUAGCCAUGUUGUUUCUAACAGUUUUUGUUUUAGUUCAAAGCAGCCACUGCUUAUUAUCAAAGCAAGAUAUUAUCCGCGAGAAUUUGGCAAAAAUCCAGCAAUGGAAUCAGGAAGCAGGAUCCAGCACCAUGUUUGCAGGUAAUCAGUAUCUAGCCUACACCGAGGAGGAAACAGAAAAAAUGCUCGGAAUUCAGGAGAUAGAAGUGAAGUUCCCACCACGAACUGUGAAAAUUGAGAGUAAAUUGGAACAAGGUACUCCGUCUUCAUUUGACUGGAGAUGGUUUGAUGCAGUCACUUCCACUCGGUUCAGUUCUGUCCAGAGUCCAUUCCUUGAGGCUGCUGUUAACACUAUUGAGUCAGCUUACUUCAGGGCAUCAGGAACGUUAGUAACAUUCUCCGCUCUAGAGAUCGAGCAAUGCUCAGAAGACAGUCCUCUCACAGACCCACUAGCCGCGUUCAAAUACAUUGCUAAACACAAGAGACUAGGCAGCUUAUCAGGAUAUGAGGCACCAAGCAAGUGCGCAGUUAGAUCCACUGAGAAUGCCAUGACAGGGGGUCUGGUUGAUGGUUACUACCGUGUUGCAGCUGAUGAUUAUGAUCUGGUGAACUCAAUGAUGAGGUAUCCAGUGCUAGCAGCAGUCAGAGUCUCACAAAAGUGGACCUUCUACAGCUCCGGAGUUCUAAGUGCAGCUAACUGUCCCUCAGGAGUCCCCAACCACGCGGUACAGAUAGUAGCCUACUCGCCUACCUGGUACGCAGUCAGGAACUCGUGGGGUCCCGAGUGGGGCGAGUCAGGGUACAUCCGGCUUGAAAGGGGACUGGGAGCCAACCCUUGUGGGCUUCUCAACCUUCUUAUUGAACCAGAGGUGGAGUGACAGAAGUUUUAAUGUGU